CAUAGCAUUCAAAACCUAUACUAUUUGGAGCUCCCUAUCCCCUUUUACUGACCAAUCAGAAGCCGCUUCCGCUGUCGAGACUAACUAGAAAUCAACUAGCUAUUGUUUGACCCUUUGACCACUUGAAAUUCGGCCACGUUAAAAGGCUUCAAACGCAGGAUCCAAGGACAAGUCAUCGUAAUCAAAGCAGCGAAUCGAACACACUUCAAAGACCUCCUCUCCUUUUGGUGUCUCUUUCCUCUCUCAAAAGGUACACGGUAAUUAGCUUCCGAAGAUGUCGACGUACAAGCUGACCUAUUUCGACGUCCGUGGACGAGGUGAGGUGAUUCGCCUGGUCUUCGCACAGGCCCAGGUCGAGUACGAAGACGUACGAAUUCUGCAUGCCGAGUGGGACAGCAGCAAGACAGACAGGUCAAGAUUCCCAAUGGGCUGUUGUCCAGUCAUGGACUUGGAUGGGAUGACCAUGAUGCAAAGUAUGGUCAUAGCUCGCCAUCUCGCAAGAAAAUUUGGGCUGGCUGGUAAGGAUGAGAAGGAGAUGACUAUGGUUGACAUGAUGAGUGAUCUAUGCACUGACAUGCUCAAUGAGAUGUUUGAACUUAUCUUCGAGAAAGACGCCAAGCGAAAGGAGGAUAUGACGACAGCGUUCGUGAAGAAGUCUGAAACUUACAUGUCCGUGUUUACUGGCUGGUUGGAAAAGAAUGGUGACGACAAAGGAUUCCUUGUUGGAAAUACGGUAACAUUGGCAGAUCUAGCGCUCUUCAACCUCCUCGAGCAGUUGUCCACCAAGCACGCAGACAUACUGACCAAGAACCCACCAAUGCAAGCUUUCCUUGACCGCGUGAAGGUAGAACCCAAUGUCGCCGCCUGGUUGGAGAAGAGACCGAAAGGAGAGAUGGAUAUCUAAAGUCUGGAGUCCUCUUAGGUUGACCUUGGGCAUUUUAAAGUCCGUCUGUAUUAGUUUGGCCAGGAAGGAUUAGACCUCCCUGCAUGGUCACUGGACAGGUGGUUAUCUCAUCAACUCAGCUCUCAAUUAAAAUAAGAAAAAGACGAUCAUGGGGGACCAAUGGUAACCGAUUAGGCAUUGUUUGUUAUAUAGAGGGCGCAAGUAUAUAUAACUAGUACAGACUGUCUUUCAGAGGAAUCUACAAGGGGAGCCGUCGCUGCAUUAUGUAAUCGAUCGCAAUUCUUGUAAAAUAACCCUUUUGUGCUAUUAAGUUUACCAUUAUAGAAAGAUCCAUUUUCAUUUUACAUUUUUACUAACAUAUAGAAUGAACUUACAGUUUAACCAAUGUGACCGUAAAGACAGAUUCAGCCAAAAUACCUGGAAGACAACAGAACAUUUCUUUUACAAAGAAAUCUGUUUCAAUAGGCGCAAUAGAUGGGAAUUGGAAAAAAUAAAUCCAAUUAUAUCUAACAUAUUUAUCCCAAAAUUUGUCCACCAAACUUUAUUAUUGCAGGAUAGUAUCCGUAAAUCUAAAUAAUUAUAGUUUCAUUAUGUCAACGUGUUUCUGUUGAAAUUUAUAAUGAUUACUACUUCACUGUUUUAAGUUAUUAAAAAAACACUAUAAUAAAA